AUGAGUAGCAAGCUUUGGGAGUUUUUCAUUCAAGAUGAUGUGGAGAGCUUUCAGCGGUUUCUCGCGAACGCAACGUUUGCGGGGCCGCGAGCUGCAGGGGGCCCCGGAGGUGUCGCCGUAGCUGCAGCGACCAACCUGUCAUCUAAGACUGGAAGCCCCGGCAUUGGCACUUCACCCGGAACAUCGACGCCCGAGAGACCGAGCUUUCAACGCGGCGGUCCGGCUUUAUCGCGCGCGGAUGUUAAUGCCCGUGAUCACUAUGGCAGGACCUUACUCCAUCACAUUGCUUCAUCGCCGAAUACCACCGCUAUCAAAUUCGCCACCGCCCUCCUCGAAAUUCCCUUCCUCGAUAUCUACGCACAAGACUGGGAGAGUGGAUGGACAGCGCUGCACCGUGCCCUCUAUGCAGGAAAUGCCACGAUUGCGCUCGCUUUGAUGGCGCGAGAUACUCGCGAUGCGACGGAUUUCAGUAAAGUGGGACAAUCGGCUCAGAGUGGAACCUUGAUCAAAAUCAAGGAUCGUGAGGGUUACAGUCCAUUUGAUGUGUAUGGAGCGACCAUUACGUCCCGUGAUAUUAAGCAAAUGGUCUCAUUGAGGCCGUGGAACGAGGCCAUAAAUGCCGAUACAGCGGGAAGUGAUGUGGCCUCAAACUCAGGGUCUACUGGUGCAGCAGAUAUGGAUGGUGAUGUCUAUGUUGCUCGGGCCGCACUCAAGUCUAGAACGGAUUUCGCUGCCGAUGAGGUGUUUACACUGGGCAGCAACAAGAAUCUGACUCUUGGACUUGGAGAUCAAGACGAUCGUCAAUUUCCCGAGCGAGUGACAUUGAAACGCCCCCAACAUCUGUUGGAUCGAUUUUACCUUGAAUACCAAGAGGAAAUGGAGCGGCUGGGCUUUGGGCAGAGUGUAGAACAUGCCAACUCAAAUGAUCUACCAACUAUUGUCAAGAACAAGCCGAUGAAGAUUCAAAAUGUUUUUAUGUCUAAGCUUCACACUGCAAUCGUUACAGAUGACCCAGAAGCCAAUCUGUACAUCUGUGGUUUUGGACCCGGCGGUCGUUUGGGCACUGGCGAUGAGGCCACACGGUUCACUUUUGCUUGCAUAGAAACUGGUGGCCUUGCAGGAAAGAAGGUUAUGUCCGUUGCUCUGGGUCAAGACCACACUCUUGCCAUCACAGAGUUUGGCGAAAUCUUCAGCUGGGGGAGUAAUAAAUUUGGACAACUCGGAUAUGGUCUUCCCCGGACGAGCAAUAAGAACGACGUCCCUAUCCAGACCACACCUCGACAGAUCUUCAAUCCAUUCAAGAAAGAGAUGAUUAUCGGCGCGGCAGCGUCUCCCAUCCAUUCGGUCGUCUUUAGUAAUUCUGGCCUUUACACAUUUGGCAAGAAUGAAGGUCAACUAGGCUUGGUUGACUCUGACGCCCGAUCUCUUGAGGUCCAGACUACUCCUCGCAGAGCCACUGCGGUUCUUCUCCAAAGUCAUGAGGUCUGGGUCUUCUCGCAAUAUGGCUACUCGAAGCUUUCAUUUCCGCUUGAAGCCACCUCUAGAUUUAUCCGUGACAGCUUUAUGGCAACGAGAUAUGAAGCCUCGGCUAACCGGAUCGUCAAGAUUACAUGCGGUGGAAACACGAUCUGUGCUUUGGCUAGCUCUGGUGAUGUCUUCACGGUUGAAGCUAACAAGCCUGAGAGCCCCUCAGUCUUAACAUCCACCACAAACCCAGCCAAAAUUCGUAACUCUUUAGCUUCUCCAGUCAGAGCUUGGUCUGUCAAGAAGUCAUACAUGGCUGCAAGUGAUGUUGAUGUGGGUCAAGACGGAUCCAUUAUUAUCUGCACUACAUCAGGCUCGGCCUGGAGAAAGGAGAAGCGGACAAAGAAGAAAGAAGGAGCUUCGAAAGACUACAAAUUUGCUCGUAUACCAGGCCUGUCACGGGCGGUGGCUGUACGCAGCAACGCCUUCGGAGCUUAUUCCGUAGCUCAACGUGACUGCAAUGUGACAAAAGAGCAAAUCCAUGUCAAUGAAAGCACUCUUUGGGCUGAUAUCUUGCCUCUCUCGCCAUUCCUGCUUCCUGCUUUUGAUGACGUGGACACGAUUCUUGCGGAUGCUUCGGAUGAACCCGUUGUAUUAUCCUCUGCGGCGGCUAUCAAAAAAGCCAUAUUAUUGUCUUCAGAUAUGGAAAGUCAAUUCCUUGCAUUUCGUACUGAGGGAACUAUUUGGCUUACUACAUCCUUGUCCGAUGCUCGCAUCCCAGUGCACGAGUUUCUGCUGAGUGGUCGCAGCCCAGUCCUUCGGAAGGCGCUGCAGGAGUUCCGUGCGUCAUACUUCUCCUCAGUGCCUGACGUUCUGGAUGUUGAAUAUAACAAGGAAGGUCAUAUACAAAUCAAGCUACAUGGACUCGAUUUUCUUACUGUUAUGAACAUUGCAUUCUUCCUCUACACCGACAGCAUUCUUGAUGUUUGGCAUAAAGGAAGAACAUCGUCCAAAAAUGCCAAUCGCUACCGACAGGUCCGUACGGAGGUCAUGCGGAUUGCUCUUCAGCUUGGUCUGACAACUCUCGAACGUGCCGCAAGAUUGAUGGUGGAACCCCAGCCAAGCCUGAAGUAUGACAUGGCUCUCGCUAUCAAUCAUUCCUCGUUCUUUGACGAUGCUGAUGUUGUGGUUGAAUUGGACGGGGACGCUGUGAAAGUUCAUAGCUACGUGGUGUGCCAGCGAUGUCCAUUUUUUGAUGUCCUCUUCAAUGGCCAAUCUGGUGGUGGGUGGCUUGCCGGGCGACGAGCAAACGGAUCUGAUGCUAUUUCUGUUGAUCUGAAGCACAUUAACCCAGUCAUCUUCAAUUUCGUGCUACGAUACUUGUAUGCGGACACAGAAGAGCAGUUGUUUGAUGAAGUGCGGGCUAAAUCUCUUGAUGAUUUUGUCGACUUCGUUAUCGACCUUAUGUACGUCGCGGACGAGUUGAUGAUUGACAGACUUUCGCAAAUCUGUCAAAAAAUGCUGGGUCGCUUUGUCAAUAUCCGGAAUAUCACAUAUCUUCUCAACUCCGUUUCGCCCAUCUACAAGAAAGAGUUCAAAGAGGCUGCGUUGGAGUACAUUUGUCUCGACCUCGAAUCCAUGCUCACGAACAGGUAUCUCGACGGUCUCGAUGAUGAUCUCCUUUCUGAACUCAACAAGGUCUGUCAUGAAAACCAGCUUGCAUGCUACCCUAUUUCGCGUGGACGCAACACGGAAGCCUACAUAUUUGAGAAGUACCCCGAGAUUAUCAGCUCUGUUGCAUCUGAUAAACGCCGGCGAAUUGAUGCAAUGACAUUGCAAUCUCGCCUCAGCCAAGUCGAGUCGUACGAUUUCCGACCUCGAGCCUCAGUACCUGAGAAAUCGACUACUUCCCCGUCGGUUCGCAAAGGAAAACCCAGCAUUUCCAAGGAUGUGACCAGUCCAACACCCAGCCCAAUGCUGAAACCAAGACAAUCCACUGGUGACUUAAUGUUCCAGAUGGACGAUGAAGCUCUUUUGUCUCCACCGGAAGGCAAGAGCAGAGUCAUGCGUGGGCCGCGCUUCUGUGAAAGCGAGAACUCAUCAUAUCCCGAUUCUCCUAUCUUGGGAGCAAGCAUCUCGGAAGCCGAUUCGCUUGGAAAUCGAAGUUUCCUGGAUCAACAAAUGUCUUCCCCGCGUGAUCCAUUGCUCGCACAGUCCCCAACUGAAUCCAGAGCGCUCGCUAUGCAUCAGAAACGUGGCUUGCCCUCCUCCGCCGAGUCAUCUUCAGCGCCAUGGUCUUCGCCUGUUGCAUCUGACAACAAGAAGGAUCUCCGAGAUAUCAUGGAGGAGAUGCCCCAGUCUCGAGUCUCAAAUCUUACCCUAGGAAUGGCGGGAAAGCGGGAACCCAGCGGCAACUUCACACCAAAGAUCUCUCAAAAAGAAAGGAGGAAGAUGCAGCAACAACAGAUGCAAGAAAAGCUUGCCGAAGAGGAAAAAGCUAAGGCCGCUCGAGAGAAUCCAUGGCAAAUGCCAUCCCCAGCUCAACCGAGUACAUUCGGCAAGGUCGACCCUUUGCCAAGUCAAGCUGGGCCCAGCUCACGACCUUCUGAGCUUCUCAAAACACCUCAGAAGCACUCCAUGACCAUGCGACAAACUGUAGCUGGCACACCUCCACCUCGAUCACGACCAGCGGCUAGCCCAGUUCAAAUACAGGGCCGCCGUGGCUCAGCCAACAUGCAACAGCCUUCUUUCUCAAAGGCUUCACCUUCACCUUCCUCUACACCCCAAUCCCCAUUCCAACAAACUACACCCAAACCUGCACCUCAGCCCAGUAUCCAUUCCAUCCGCCACAUUCCUCGCCCAGACUCGUCCCGUUCCCCAUCAUACGGUUCCCUAUCUUUAGCUGCGAUCCUAGAGCAACAGCAGAUAGAAAAGGACGAGAUUCACGAAGCCGCCACAGCGAAGCACAAUCUGCAGGAUAUCCAAGUAGAGCAAGAAUUCCAGCAAUGGUGGGAUCAAGAAAGCAAGCGUGUCCAAGGUCUUCUUGAACCCGAGCCUCAACAGCGCGGAGGCAAGGCUGGUCGUGGCGGCAAGGCUUCUGGUGGAUCUGGUGGUCCCCGUAAACCACGUGGGAAUAAAAAUGCCAACCCUGAUGGUCCUGCGCCUCAAAGCCAGAAACAGGCAUUAUCUUCUGCGGGUCGUUCUACACCUAAAAAGAAUGUAAAUGGUCCUGCCUCAGCGCCAUCACAGCCAAAUACCAAUGGGAAACAAGUUCCUUCUGGUGGACAAGGCAAGAAUUCUCGUCGUGGAGGGACUGCACAGAGAGGUAAAGGAAGGGACCGUGAGUAG